UUUUUUAUAACAUUGAAUAGUUUUCUAUUAGUGUUGUUUUAGUUUAGUAAUGAAACCAUAAACACGAAACAAUUGGAUUAUGGCUGAAGAUGUACAUGAUAACUGGUCAAUUAACGUUGAAAUAAGAAAUGGUACUGGGAAAAAUGUAGAAUCUACGCCUCCUCUGGAUGAAAAAGAGCCAAUUACCAAAAGAAACUCCACAGUAUCAAAUCAUACUAUCUCAUCCUCCUCAUCUGAUAGUGACCAGGAAAUUGAUGAAGAAUUAAAUCGAGAUGCGGAAGAUUACAAGGAUGUCGUUAUUCCAUUUGGAACUAUUUUUGACACACAAGAGCAUAAACAGGAAUAUUUUCUGCCCUGUGUUCCUGUCCGUAUAACAAUUACUGAAAGAAUUCAUCAGCCUGCGUCACAUAGACUCAAUCCAAAUCUCUAUGUUAUCAACAUAACCCAUGGAAUAUAUAAAUGGAAAAUCAAAAGAAGGUACAAUCAUUUCCGGGAACUAUACAGCCAUCUUGAAUUGUAUCGCGCGAAGGCUAUUGUGCAACACCCCACUAUGGCAACGCGUUUAGACAAAGUUCCAAGAUUCCCUGCACGACCAGAUAUUACCAUCUUAACAACCAAGAAGAAAGACAAGCAAAUGAGAAAGUUGCAGAGAUUUUUACAAAAUGUUGUCAACUGCGAUAGAUUUAGAAAUAAUAGACAUACGCUGGAAUUUUUAGAAGUAUCUUUUUUAUCGUUUGUACAUGGACUCGGUGAUAAAGGAAAAGAAGGAGAAGUAGCUAAAAGAGCUGGUGGGCAUACAUUUUCUAAAGGAUUAUUUGGAGCCUUCAAAGUAAACAUUGCUUGGCACGACAGGUGGCUGAUAGCAAAAAGUAGCUUUGUGGCGUACAUUGAUGCUGAAAAGAAUCUCAUUCGCGACGUUUUGUUGUUGGAUAAAGGCUUCACUGUGUCUUGUGAUAAAUCCGUCACUGGGAUUCAUAAUGGUUUACUAAUUUCGAAUAAUUCGAGAAACUUACUUGUCAAGUGUGCAUCUGGAAGACAUGCAAGAGAGUGGAUGCGUGAGAUUGUUAAUGUCAUGAGUGAGACCGGUGUAGAUUUCAUACGAGAGCACCGAUAUAACUCUUUCGCACCUGUAAGAAGAAACAGUUGGAUAAAGUGGUUUGUUGAUGGAGAAGAUUAUUUCUCAAAAGUUGCUGAUGCAAUAACUAGUGCAAAAGAAGAAAUUUUCAUUACAGACUGGUGGUUGAGUCCUGAGUUAAUUCUAAAACGUCCCACAGAACAUGUCGACGAGUAUAGGUUAGAUAUGCUUCUUAAAGAAAGAGCUGAAAAUGGUGUUCGAAUUUACGUUAUUUUAUACAAGGAAAUUGAAAUGACGUUAAGUAUAAACAGUGCUUAUUCCAAGAGAACUUUAAUGCAACUACAUCCUAAUAUAAAGGUACUGCGGCAUCCUGACCAUGUUGCUAGUGGAAACGCCACAGUGUUGUGGGCACAUCACGAGAAGAUAGUUUGUGUCGAUCAAACCGUUUGUUUUUUUGGAGGUCUUGAUUUGUGUUAUGGAAGAUGGGAUGAUAAUACGCACAGACUGACAGAUUUCGGAUCAGCUACUCCAAAUUUUUUCGGAAAAACGGAAUCUGCUGUGGUGGGUUUAUCAGCCUUAAUGUUGAAUCCUGACGCUAUCGACAGUGCAUAUCAUCGCGAACAACUUCGCAAACUUCCACAGGGAGUUGCCAAAAUGUUUAUCGGGAAGGACUACACUAAUCCGUAUGUUCAGGACGUUACAGAGGUUGAUAAACCGUUCACUGAUCUUUUCAACAGAAAUCUAAUUCCGAGAAUGCCAUGGCAUGAUAUUGCUUGUGUGGCGUAUGGUAACGCUGCAAGAGAUUUGGCGAGACACUUCAUUCAACGUUGGAACUUUACUAAGCAUCAAAAAGCAAAAGUGGAUAUAACAAUCCCUUUUCUUGUUCCAAAAGUUAAAUUGGACUCUAAAAAGAUACCUGAAGGCUUUGACAAUUUUACAGAAUGUGACAUUCAAAUUCUUCGUUCGGCUUCGACAUGGUCAGUUGGGGAAAAUUCGACAGAAAAUUCGAUUUACGAAGCAUAUCAAGAACACAUUAGAAAUUCGAAAUAUUAUAUAUACAUUGAAAAUCAAUUUUUUAUAACAUCUUUGCCUGACCACUAUGUGUUGAACAAAAUUGGAGAUGCUUUGGUUGAAAGGAUCUUGUUAGCGUAUAACAAUAACGAAACAUUUCGAGUAUAUGUUGUUAUGCCUCUUCUUCCAUGUUUUCCAGGGGAGAUUGGCACCGCAUCCGCUACUGCGACAUGUUUUGUUGAGUUUUGGAACUUACAGAGCAGUCGCAAUAUUAUCAACAAAUUAAAAGAAGGUGGAGUUGAGGAUACAUCUGCAUACAUCAAUUUUUACGGGUUACGAAAUUAUGCGGACUUACGAGGAAAGAUGGUGAGCGAGAUUGUAUAUGUACAUAGUAAACUGAUGAUAGUGGACGAUAACGUUGUUAUUAUGGGUUCAGCUAACAUUAAUGAUCGAAGUAUGCUUGGUAGUCGUGACUCAGAACUGGCUGUAUGCGUUCAAGAUACUAGCACGAUACAUGGCGUGAUGAAUGGGAAACAAGUUAAAGUUGGCCAGUUUGCUGCAAAAUUGAGACGAAAAUUAUUUCAAGAGCAUUUGGGUUUACUUGAUGAACCGUAUGCGAAUGUGAUUGAUCCUAUCAGUGAUGAUUUUUACAAGAAUGCUUGGGUGGCCACAGCUCGUAACAAUACUACGGUAUACGAACAGGUAUUUCGAUGUUUACCUACACAAGAAGUAAAAUCUUUUGUGGAGCUAGAACAGUACAAGAAAAUCAAUGGUCUCAAUAUUAACGAUCCAGUUCAAGCUCGUUCUAUGUUGAAAAACAUACGUGGAUUUCUUGUGGAGAAACCAUUGGACUUUUUAUUACAUCAAAAUUUAUGGCCUGCUGCUGGUACUAAUGAGUCAUUAGUUCCAACCAAAGUAUUUACCUAAUUUUAAUAAUUUAUGUUCUAACCUAAAACAAGACAUUCAUGUGCGUGAAAAUUACAGUAAGAUGAUUUCAUGCAAAUUUGUAGGUAAUUUAGGGUAUAUAUUUGCAGUGAUGUUCGUAUAAGUAAGAUACGUGUUGCUGAAUUGUAGUUCGUUUUACAUAAGAAGGAAUCUUACUCACGGCGAGUUACAACUGUGAUUCUGUAUAGUAGACUGAUAAAAGCCUGAUUUUCAAAGGAAAUAUUUUGUUACGUAUGUUGUAACACUGCUGGGAUGUGUUGUUCGGGUGACCACUACAAGAAACUCCUAAGAAUAGAAUAUACUCCUUGAAGCUUGAGAAAAAAUUGUUUUGGUGCCUGUAGUCUUCUAGAAGAGGUAACAAAACUCAUUCCUAAUUUGAAAGUAGAUGGUCACUCUGUAUUGUUUUAAAAUUUUUUUCUUCGAUGAUUUCAUUUCAUUUAUAGUUUUUAGGAAUAUUUAUAAUUCAAAUACGUAUAUUUUAUGCAUAUAUUUCUUGGGCGAAUAGCAUGCUUGGAUAUUUUAACCAUAUCAGAGCAGUUUUUAACUCGUAAUAUUGGAGGGAUUUUUCGUAAUUUUGAUAUUUAAUCUCUAAAUAUUUUGUAAAUUUUUCUAAAUAAACUAUGAUCCCUUUU